AUGGUCGUGCCGUCCCGGCUUAGUCUAGACGGCAUUUCUGCCAGUUUUUACGACCAGAGACGGCAGUGCCGCCGGCCAACAGGGCUGGCAGCUGUGGUGGCCAUAGUAGACAUGGCCAAUAGCGUCCAGGGCAACACGGGACGCCAGGGUUGCCGUCCUGUCAUGGGCGAACCGGAUACAACUGAAAACGAAGAUCACAGUGUUUCUUUUAACACUAAUGAGAUAUUCCAAUCAAAGGAUGAUGCUAUUUCGCAUGCACAAGAGAUUGCAAUCAGCAAUAGUUUUGAAUUAGUGAGAGAUUCAAAGAAGGACAACGGAUAUUUGCUGAAAUGCAAGAAACGUGGACGGUACAGGCUAGAGAGGUACAGAGAUGAAACUGAUAAGCGCCGACCAAAUUCGAAGAUCCAAGUGACUGGGUGUAAAUUUGAGGUGUUCAUCAGAAGAUAUAAAGAAUGGUCGAGCGAUGUGUAUAGAAUCUGUCCAAAAACCAGUGAAAAUGCAGAGCACAAUCAUCCAAUGAUACAACAUCCAGAGGAUCAUUGCCAGAUGAGUAAGCUGACCGAUGGAGCAAAAAAGAUGAUAAAAGACAUGUCUGCGGCAGGAGCAAGGCUGAUUUACAUUCUAAAGGCACUUCAAAAGGAGUAUCCAGAUGAUCAUUUUACGAAGCGCCAAAUUUACAACUACAGAAACAACCUGCGCAAGAUGGGGUGCGUAGUACUUGAUGGCACAGGUCUUGAUGUUGCUAACAAGACUUUUUGGUUGGCCCGAGAACACAACUACAUAAUUGCGACGGAGUCAGAUCCGAGUGCUAUUGACACGAUUUGGAGAAAGGCACGCAAUGAGAUUGAGGUGCAACUAAUUGAAAUCAGGAGAACACUAGAAGAAUCGCAAAACAAGAAUGCAAUACCAUACCGUGGUUAUCCAUUUUAUCACCUCAAUUUUGUUGUUUCGCACCAUUGUUUGCAAAAGCUGCACAAGGAGUAUGAAGAGAUGCAGACAAAGAGAGACAAGUUUGUAUGUGAUCAUAAGCUGAGAUCCACUCAUGAUAUUCCUUGUGGUUGUGAGAUGAAGGUGACAGUGGACGCGGGUAUGGCGAUUCAGGUUUCUGAUCUCAACCCUUUUUGGGCUAAUCUCAAUAUCAACGAGAGUCCGUCAAUACUAGGCCUGAUGAACUAUGUGGUACAACAAAACAUUUACGAAUAUGAUGACCUAGAGAGGAUUGUGCCUUGUAUGAUUCCAUACAUUACUGGAUAUGUUGAUGUGCUGGGUGAUGGAAACUGUGGAUUUCGUGUUAUGGCGAGCCAUUUGUUUGGAUCCGAGCAUCAAUGGCAUAAUGCUAGAAGAAUUGGCGCAGAUGAGCUAGAGGAACGUCCAAAUUUGUACGAUUUCUUCUUCAAAAGAGACAUUCCCAAGCAUGUUCACCGCAUACGAUGGUAUGAGAGUCCUUGUUCUGAAGAUCAUUACAUGAUUACUUUUAUGGACUUGCUCAUUUAUGCCAUUCGCUUCAACAUAGUUAUCUUCUUGUACGGGCGUGGAGUAAGAGGUCAGAAUAUGAAUACAUCAUCGAGCACUAUAUUGCCCCUCAUCGCUCCCGGGGCCCUAAUGGGCCUUUAA